AUGAUAUGCGUUUGUCCUAGCCGAAGAGCAAUCGCUGGUACCAUACUGGUUCUACUGGCUACGGGAGCAACUUUACUCAUUUUCCAUCGAGUGGUACUACCACUCUUUGGAUUCAUCAUACCCGCUUUGGUGCCAUCGCUUUAUGACCUGGCAGUAUAUGGCGCAUAUCCUUCAAGAAGUUAUGUCACAUUCAAUGGUGAAUCGCCUGAUGUCAAUGUCGUUGCAUGGGAUGAGUCCUGCGAUCAUGGCUACGUCCUCGUCAGCCCAUUUGGGGAUGCUGUGCCUAAUAUGGGUCCAAUGAUUCUCGAUUCUAGAGGUGACUUGGUUUGGACAGCUUCUGGGAAUGGGGUCGUGAUGAACUUGAAGGUUCAGCAGUAUCAGGGUGAAAACUACCUUACCUUCUGGGCAGGGCAUAAGGUUGGCGGCAUCGGAAUGGGCAGCUACCACAUGCUCAACUCGUCUUACGACCUCGUUCACGUUGUCAAGGCUGCCUCAUCUGAGCACGCGCCUCGAACGGGCGACUUGCACGAUUUUGUCAUAACAGAUCGAGGAACAGCACUGCUUACGGUCUACAACAUAACGCAGUUUGAUAUCUCUGCUAUGGGAAGACCAAAGGACGGCUGGAUCGUCGACUCGUUGUUUCAAGAGGUCGACAUUGCGACUGGUGAGCUACUCUUUGAAUGGCGUGCAUCAGACCACUUUGAUCCUGCUGAAUCACUUUAUAUUAAUCCUUUUGGUGGAUAUAAAGCCGCAAAUCCGUACGACUUCUUCCACAUCAACAGCAUCCAGAAGGAUGCUGCUGGGAACUACCUCAUCUCCUCGAGGCAUUAUCAUUCACUCACCUACCUCGAUCCCCUCGGUGAGAUCCUCUGGACUCUCGGCGGUGACUACAACGAUUUCCACGACCUCUCCGAUGGAAAAGCAACCUCCUUUAAAUGGCAACACGACGCCCGUUGGGUCGAUGAAGAGCAAGGCAUCCUUAGCCUCUUCGACAACGGCAGUGCUGGGCCUAUUAUGAACGAUGCAGACCACAGCCUCGGUCUAAUCAUUCAGAUUGAUCCUGAGGCCCGAACCGCCCGGCUUUUACACUCAUACACAUCCAGCGGUAAAGCUCUCUCAGCAUCCCAAGGCUCGCUGCAGAUCCUGCCAGACGACAAAGUCCUAGUCGGCUGGGGUUCAAGUGCCGCAUACUCUGAGUUCACAACCGACGGAAAGCUCCUCUGCGAAACACACAUAACGCCCAGCAUCUUAUUCUGGUGGGAACGCGUCAAGACAUAUCGCGCCAUCAAGACGUUCGACUGGGUCGGUAGACCAGAAUCUCCCCCAAGUGCAAAAUGGCUAGGGGGUAAAAUCUAUGUCAGUUGGAACGGGGCCACGGAAGUAGGCGCGUGGCAACUCGUAGCAAGAAAGAACGGUGCCCCCAACUCAGAAUGGCAGACCGUGGACAUCAAGGACAAGAGUGGGUUCGAAGAUAGUUUCACGCUGACAGGCAUUGAAGAGUUUCAGCACUAUCGAGUCGCGGCUUUGGAUCAUAAUGGUGGAUUCUUGAUGCACUCGGCUAUCGUCGAGGUUGGGGCAGAAGCCCAUUCAUCAAGAUGGGUACUGGCGCUGUUCAUGGUAUGUGUCGUUGUCGGGCUACUAAUUGGAACUCUUAUGUUUGCGAGAAGGACAGCCCAGCAGAGUUAUAGACCAAACUGGCUGGAUUUGAAGACGUUGAUGCGAAACAGAUAUCACAGGUAUAAAAAGGUGUCGAGUAUGGAAAUGACUUGA